AUGACUGGGCGCAGCGACAUGGAGCCGCCGGCCGCGUUCUCGGGCUUCCCGGCCCUGCCCGCGGUCGCGCCGUCGGGGCCGCCGCCGUCGCCGCUCGCCGCGGCCGAGCCGGGGCCGGAGCCCGAGGAGGCGGCCGCGGGCCGCGGGGAGCCGGAGCCCGCCCCCGCGCCCGGCCCGGGGCGGCGGCGGCGGCGGCCCCUGCAGCGCGGGAAGCCGCCCUACUCGUACAUCGCGCUCAUCGCCAUGGCGCUGGCGCACGCCCCGGGCCGCCGCCUCACGCUGGCCGCCAUCUACCGCUUCAUCACCGAGCGCUUCGCCUUCUACCGCGACAGCCCGCGCAAGUGGCAGAACAGCAUCCGCCACAACCUGACGCUCAACGACUGCUUCGUCAAGGUCCCGCGCGAGCCGGGCAACCCGGGCAAGGGCAACUACUGGACGCUGGACCCCGCGGCCGCCGACAUGUUCGACAACGGCAGCUUCCUGCGGCGCCGCAAGCGCUUCAAGCGCGCCGAGCUGCCCGCGCUGCCCGCCGCCGGCCCGCCGCCCUUCCCCUACGCGCCCUACGCGCCCGCGCCCGGGCCCGCGCUGCUCGCGCCGCCGCCCCCCGCCGCGCCCGGGCCCGCGCCGCCCGCGCGCCUCUUCAGCGUCGACAGCCUGGUGAACCUGCAGCCCGAGCUGGCGGGGCUAGGCGCCCCCGAGCCGCCCUGCUGCGCCGCGCCCGACGCCGGCGCCGCCUUCCCGCCCUGCCCGGCCGCCACCUCCCCGCCGCUCUACACGCCCGCCCCCGAGCGCCUGGGGCUGCCCGCGCCGCGCCCCGGCCCCGGCCCCGGCCCGCUCCCCGCCGAGCCCCUGCUGGCCCUGGCCGGGCCCGCCGCCGCGCUCGGCCCGCUCGGCCCCGGGGAGGCCUACCUGAGGCAGCCGGGCUACGCGCCCGGGCUCGAGCGCUACCUGUGA